GUUUAGCGCUGCAGUGAGUGUCGCGCUGGGAAUGGAAACGCUCUCGUCUCCGAGCAACCGCGUCGAUCUUCGAGUCCCCGACAACAUAGGCAGACUCAACUCGUGUUAUCUCGUCUCGUGCUCAUACAUGCUCGUCCUGGCUGUCUGAACAUGUCCGAAGAUGCACACAAUGCCCUCUCAAACUCUCCACCGAAUAUUCCGUGGCAUCUAAGUGACUAUCAGGACACUUUCCAGCACCGUCUCCGCCACAUAACCUCUAUUCAGAUCAGGAACUUCACGCCAUUCCCUGCUCGAGAUGCGGUCGCUUCCGCUCUCCUACAACCCGCCUCUCACUCCCAGUUCACUGCUCAUGGUCACUACUCCGACGACCUCGAUGUAACUGUUGCCCGGAGGCGUUCUCGCCGGAUAUCCACAAGCUCUAUCAAUACCUUGCGUAGCAUUCGUGCGGAUCCCUCUGUACCGUUCACCGAGGGGUCUCCCCCUGGAGUGUCUAUUCCCGACAUGAAAGGUCGCCGGAGAACACAAUCUAAGGUUAGUUUCACGGGCGCACCAACAGGCAGUAUGAGCACCGGAGCAGGCAGCAAACCUUCACGACAACAACCUCCUAGCCCUACCAUUCACCCUACUCGACCUUCCUUUCGUAAUCGCACGAGCUCCAUCGCCUCUGGCAAUAUACCCUCCGCUAGUGCGCUUUCCGCUGUUCCUUCGUCGUCAACCUAUACCAGCACGAGUGGCUUCUUUAUGGAGUACAACCAGAAGAAGCUUGAGGAGGUCGUCGAUUCACGGUUGGUUGAAUCCUUCAUCACCAUCAAAGUCCCCUCUCGCACGAAUCGCGUCGGUUCGAGGACGAUGAGUGCGUCUGGCUCCCGUCCAUCUUCGCCUGUUGGAAACUCUGGAGACGCGUACGGACGACCGCGAACACAGAGCCAAGACAAUGCAAGAUUCCGGCCCAAGGAUAUGAAGGCAGCGAUGAAAGAUAGUCCGGUAUCUUCCAAGGCUGCCAGCAAGAUCCACAAGUCAUCUCUGUCAAUGCCGUCCAAAGCUGGCCCUUCUCAGUCAUCCGCGCUUAACGGAGGCCAAACUAUGACCGAGGAUGAUCUUGAUGGUGUCCCUGACUACAUGUCCCCCAUCCACCGACCGUCAACCAACCCGGCAUUUACUAUCGAUGGCCGGUCAUCGUAUGAAUUUGCAGAAUGGACAGAUCGCAGUACCAAUUACUUCCAUGUGCAGCUUUGGGCGAAGACAGGAAGUCAAGUCGAUAUUCAUUCGAGUGUGAAGGGAAAGGGAAAAGAAAAGGAGACGCAGGUGGAUGGACUAAAGGACUGGAAGGUAUUGGAAGAGUGGGAUGUUCACUUGCAAGAGCUUGUGCCUCUGUCUGAAGAGCUAUCCCAGGACCAGUUCAGUCUUCCGUCGAACACUCUUUUGGUCACUUUUUCCUCGAGCGAUACCACAUUUUACCUCCCCAAGCCGCCGCCGAAGGGACGUUCAAGAUCUCCUUCUCCUGGUUACACAUCCGACCCAGAAGCUACCACUGCUGUUGGGGACUUAGCAUUUCCCCGUCAUAGUGCCAAGCUGGCUCUGCCGAAAGUUCAGACGCGGCAGCGAAGCAGGAGAAUUGAAGGACGGAGUUCAAGCUGGCAAGAUCUUCUUCAACUAGCGACGCUUCAAGCGUGCAUACGGGAUAACCAACAAUCUUUGAAUAAGAUUGUUGACACAGUGUCCGACUCGUUGCGUGCGGAUGCUGUAACUGCCCUAAUGCGUGAUGUAUCGGAGCGGGAGACACGAAUACGUGAUCGUCAAGAUGACCGGUCUCGUAUUAUGAGCAGAUCAAAUGAACUCCGUGAGCUCAUUGCCCGCAAGAAAGAAUCUCUAAGAAGUCGAGAGGCUGCUUUGGCCAGUGCUAAAGGGUUGAUGGACGAGGGAGCAGCUAUGUUGGCUAGUGAAAAGCUAGUACUCGUCGAAGAGAGGAAACGGUUGAUGUCUCUUCGAAAUCAACUGACGCCUCUCCGCACCCGUCUUAUUGCAACACUCUCCUUCAUCUUCCCGAUCGACCUGCGAUCACCCGAGGAUUUACUCUAUACUAUUCUUUCGGUUCCAUUACCUAUACCCUUGAACAAAACGGAUCCCGCCCCUCCUCUCUCGUGGUCUGCUCAUAAGGACGUAAACGAAGACUCUGUCGCUACGGCUCUGGGAUAUGCUGCGUUGGCUAUCCAUCUACUUGCCGCUUAUAUGGGCAAGGCUCUGGUAUACCCUGUCACCUACAUUGGUAGCAGAAGUCUUAUCCGUGAUAAUAUCUCUGCUAUGGUCGGCCCUCGAAUGUUCCCGCUUUUCUCAAGAGGCGUUGAUACCUAUCGUUUUGAAUAUGGAGUAUUUCUAUUAAACAAGAAUAUUGAGUUGCUAAUGGUGGACGAAACACCUACCAUGGAUAUUCGACAUACAUUAUUCAACCUCAAGAAUUUACUGCUGAUUCUGAGCGACGGCGAAUGCGCGUCUUCUGCCCCGUUGCGUAUUUCAGAAUCCCCAAUGUCUUCCGGGCUUGUGACACCACCACCUCAAUCUCCGCCUUCUCUAACGCUUGACACGGAGGGAACCGGCUCUGAAGCGAAUGGCAACGCGGAUGUCCCCACUAAUGAGGAUUCUCAAGGUGACGGGUCAGGUAGCGGUGCCGUAACACCGACAGCUUCUUCAAAUGAUGGGAGCGCCUUCUCCAGGUACUCUAGGAUCUCCAUUGGACUUCCUCAGCUUCCUGGGUUCUGGCGUUCGCGCACAUCAUCCUCGAUCGCGCCUUCUGUCAAACGCGAGACUGAGAACGGCCACCCCGUGCACGCCAAUGGCAGCGCGGCUGACGGGGAGGCCAGCACGGGCCAAGCGCCCGAACAGCCCAUUAGGGACGACGAAGAUGACCGGCGAACGAUCCGAGGUUUGGACAUGGACCAUAGCGACGGGACCGACGAGCGUAAGCAGGACGUGAAGACCCCGGCAGCAGGGGGCGUCGAGAAGUCAGCCAAAGAAAUUGGACUCCAGAAGAGCGGUUUGACCUCGUCGGUACCGGCUCGCUAGUACACAUGGUCGGGGUUUGUGCUCUUUAUAUUACGCUAUUUCCCAGCUCGCGUGUUGCGGCUAUAGUAAUGACUUAUGCUUCUGUGAAAAAUUUCCAAGUCAUGACUCCGUCCGACGAGUGGCACUCAAGAUUGGUGUU